AUGGACAUCCUCUACCGGCCUCUGCGCAUGGUCGGGCUCAUCUCGCAAGGGGGAGCCGCAGGGCACGCCAACAACCAGCCCACAGACCUCGCGGGCUAUCAAUCCCAAUACCAGCAGCGCCAGCAGGACAACCAGGACUCGGUCGAGCAGCGCGCCGCCGACCUCGCCCGCGGGGUCGUGUACAUCGAGGACAUACCCGCGGAUCUGUACGGCCCGGCCAAGAAGCUGCUCGAGCAGUACAGCGGGAUCAAAGGGCAGGCCCAGUUUGAGGCGCACGUGCGCAAGAUUCGCGACCAAUUAUGGGAGAAGCACGCCCAGGCCAGCAUCGGGCACUUCCGCUUCCUCUCGCUCGACUUCAUCACAGACCCGUGCUACGAGAUCGCCCUGGUCCGGCUGCUCGCCGAGACCAAGUCUGACGGCUCGCGGUCCCAGACCACCUUCCUCGAUGUCGGCUGCGGGUUGGGCCAGGUGCUGCGCCAGCUCUCCCUCGACGGCGUCAACUCGAGCCGCCUGUACGGAUGCGACGUCGAAGCCGACUUUAUCGAGGCCGGCUACGAGCUGUUUGGCGACCGGUCCCGGUCAAAGGCCACUUUUGUCGUCGGAGACCUCGUCUCCGCCGUGUACCCGGGCGAUGUGCCCCCCGCUCCCGGCGGGGGUCGGGGUGCCCGGUACGCGAACGCCUGGGACGCGCCGGAGUACCGGAUCGACGCUACGCCGCAGGAGAACAAGGCCAUGGACGCGCUGGACGGCAAGAUUGAUAUCAUCCACGCGUCGUCCCUGUUCCACCUGUUUGGCUGGGAGACGCAGAAGAAGGCGGCGAUACGCAUGGUCAAGCUGCUCAAGCAGGACGACCCGGCCGUCAUGAUCUUUGGGAGGCACGUGGGCGUCUCGAGGCCCCGGAAGGGUUCUGCCACGUCGACGUCGGCUUCGAGUGCUGAUGCUGAUCCCACAACGCCAACGACGGCGACGAUGAUCAGACCAACGACGCCGAUGACACCAAUGACGCCAGGCUGGAUCACGGCCACCGCCGCCGCUGCCGCCGACAACAGCAAUGGGUCUCUGAGCCCACAGAGCCCGCUAUCACCCUCGUCCAGACCGGGCAGCAGCAGCAUUCGUAGCGGCGGUAGUGGCGGCAGCCCCGCGCUGACGAUGCAGGGAGGAGACAAGCGGUUCCUACACGACGCGCGGACGUGGCAGAGGCUCUGGGACGAGGUCGGCGAGGCCACGGGCACGCGGUGGCGCACCGAGGUCGACUGGCUGGGCCCGCCCAUCCAGAGCAUGGUCGACUCGUCGGGCGCGGCGGUCCGGCGGCUCCGGUUUGCCGUGUUUCGGUCGUGA